UUCUUUUCUUCGCGACGCCCUAGAGGCCGUUUUUCUUUAUUCCGUUCUUUGCACAUAAUACGAACUCAUCACAGUCCUUUGAAAGGCUUUUCUUAUUCAUUCAUUCUUGCUUCUGGAAAGCCGAAUCGACAUUAUGUUUUUUGGUCAAGCUUGUGCGGCCCUGUUGGGUCUUUCGUCGCUCGUUGCGUCAGCACCAACUUCUGAGUCGCUUGCGUUGGCGUCUAAGAGGGGGCUGAAGUGGAAGCCACGACGAACCCCUCUUACUAUCGAGCAGAUAGUACAGGAGACGAAUAUCAUCAUCGUUGAAGACAACCAGGCAGAGUUGGAUGCUCUACAGAGGCUAGCCGAGCAGCAAUUUGCUCAGCUCGUCCAGGCCCAGGUUGCUUUAAUAACCCAACUGGAAGAUAUCAAGAACAACAUCAGAGUUAAUCAUUUUAAGGCUCGCUUCUCGCAAGUAAACAUUGUAAUUGUUACAGUAUCGACCUUAGUCGAUGCUCGAGCCGCCGAGGGUAGCCAGAAUAGGUACAUGGUAAACCAGGCGGUUGUUGAUAACGGCAAGCCUGAAAGUCAGAUCAUGGUCAUGGUCUCAGAUGCACAAACCAUGACUAUCGGCGCAUCGAAUACAGUCGACCUCGCAGGGGUUCAAGCAGCCAGCGCCAUCACCCAACCAACGGCAGUGCCUGCCCUCGUAAGCGCCGAUCCGGCCGCGCCAUACGGAAAGGCGAACCAAAGCAUGAUCCUCCCCAUCGGCGCCUCGGCGCCGGCGAUCGAUCUCGUCUUCGCCGACCCAGCUGCCAUCAUCUUGCCGAACCAGCAGGAUCUAUUCGUUGAGAGCACGGGCACCUUCCUCCAGGACUGCGGUUUCUACCAGUCUAACGGAAAUGCCUUUAUCAACUUAGUCUCCCAACUGUUCACGUCGUUUGAGCAGAUCACAGUCGUGAACAGUGAUGUUUCAAUCGUGAGGCAGAAACAGGACGUUAAUGUCGUUGCACCCGUUGCAUAGGCCAGAGCGAAUAAGACGGAAAGGAGGUUAGUGUAUAUUUGUAUUUAGAUACCCAAUGCGUGUAGGCAUUAAGGCAUAUUUCUCUGUGGGUCUGGAGACUAUUGGUUGGGGAGUUCAACUAGGCGGGAAAGGAGGGAACUUGGGGGGGGUGAAUAGGAGUAACUAGGUCCAAAGGGUGUUGCACUUUACGCCGGCCCUCUCUUACUAGAGACACUCAAAUUUUCGUACCCUUCUCUAGGUAGAAAGGGAUAAUAUAAAGACUUUUUAAACCCCUGGACUGUUUUCAAUACCGUUUGAUAUGCUUUUGUUCAAAACUACAAGCCCCUAACCUAGGUUAAAGGGGCAUCGAGUAUUCCAUUUUAAUGGGGACAAACUAAACGUGAUGAUUGGAGAAACCCAAGAGGUGCUAGAGGGGCAGAGGGGUAGAAGAGCUCUUUACCCUUUCCAGCCAACCUCGGUCAAAGGUACAUUUAGGUAACAUAGUGAUGUAUGGACAUGGACAUCAAUAUAGACA